AUGUCGGACCAAGACACAGCAGCCUCGACCGUGGCCGCUCCUGUGGUUGCGCCGACGCCGCAAGAACAACCAAUUCAGCAGCCUGCUGCACAGGUAUCGUCGGUCGCUUCUCCAUCUGUGACCGCGACGGCAGCUGCUGCCACUGCCGCCGUGACCAGCCCUCAAGUUAAUGGCAAUGCCGCCUCUCCUGUUGCCGGUGCCUCAUCAUCGGCCUCUUCUGCAUCUCGUCCAGCUGAGGAACUCACCUGCAUGUGGCAAGGCUGUUCGGAGAAGCUCCCGACCGCAGAGACUUUAUAUGAACACGUUUGCGAACGCCAUGUUGGCCGAAAGAGCACAAACAACCUCAACUUGACUUGCCAAUGGGGUAGCUGUCGGACUACCACCGUGAAACGUGACCAUAUCACCUCGCACAUUCGAGUCCACGUUCCUCUGAAGCCACACAAGUGUGAUUUCUGUGGCAAGGCAUUCAAGCGCCCUCAGGAUUUGAAGAAACACGUUAAAACGCAUGCCGACGACUCGGUUCUGGUGCGGUCACCAGAGCCUGGCUCGCGCAACCCUGAUAUCAUGUUUGGAGCAGCCAAGGGCUAUGCUCCUCACUACUUUGAGCCCACGAUGAACCCUGUUCCCAGCCAGGGAUACGCCCAUGCGCCUCCUCAGUAUUACCAGGCUCACCACCCUCCUCAGCCAUCGAACCCAUCUUACGGUAACGUCUACUACGCUCUGAACACUGGGCCUGAACCCGGUCACGGUUCAUAUGAGUCCAAGAAGCGUGGAUAUGAUGCGCUCAACGAAUUCUUCGGCGACCUUAAGCGUCGGCAGUUUGACCCCAACUCAUACGCUGCUGUGGGCCAGCGCCUGCUCAGCCUACAGAACCUGUCUCUGCCCGUAUUGACAACCGCACCUUUGCCCGAAUACCAGCCAAUGCCCGCUCCAGUGGCUGCUGGUGGUUCAUACGGUGGUGGCGGUCACCCCGCUCCUCCAUACCACCUUCCGCCAAUGAGCAAUGUCCGCACCAAGAGCGAUUUGAUCAACAUCGACCAAUUCCUGCAACAAAUGCAAGACACGAUUUAUGAGAACGAUGACAACGUUGCGGCGGCUGGUGUCGCACAGCCUGGUGCGCAUUAUGUUCACGGUGGGAUGGCUUACCGUGCAACCCACUCGCCGCCUACUCAACUUCCUUCCGCCCAUGCGACAGCCACGGCUGGCGCCCCUGUCAUUGCAAACACAUCCGCACACUCUCCUUCUGCUAGCACGCCUGCACUGACGCCUCCCUCGAGUGCGCAGUCGUACACCUCGGGCCGAUCUCCGAUCUCCCUCCCAUCUGCUCACCGUGUUUCACCACCUCAUGAGAGCGGCUCCGGCAUGUACCCUCGUCUUCCCUCGGCAACUGAGGGCAUGACUGCUGGUUAUCCGGCCUCGUCAGGUGCUGCGCCGCCUUCCACUCUCGGCGGCAUUUUCGACAAUGACGAGCGUCGUCGGUACACUGGAGGUACCCUGCAACGAGCGCGCCCUGCUUCUCGGGCCGCUUCGGAGAUGGAUCUAUCCAGCGAUGACAAAGAGUCUGGAGAGCGAACUCCCAAGCAAAUUUCGUCCAGUCUGAUUGACCCCGCUCUCCACUCGGGAUCGCCAAGUGAUGAUGAUGUAACGAGGACCGCCAAGGCUGCAACAGAGGUGGCCGAUCGGUCGGACGUCCAGUCAGAGUGGGUUGAGAAGGCCAGACUCAUUGAGUACCUGCGCAACUACAUUGCCAACCGCCUGGAGCGGGGCGAGUUCAACGAGGAGCUGGAGAAUGGCAAUAUUUCACGGUCACCAGAGUCGAGGGCGGAUGAGGACAUGGAGGGAGUAGAACUUGGCUCCCUUCCUCGCUCACCGGGCCCCGUUCCAAUGAAGAGCGACGGGGAUAAUGUGCUGUACCCAACGCUGCGGGGAUUGGACGAGGACGGAGAUUCCAAAAUGCCUAGCUAA